CUUAAAAAGAUCAUUAAACCUCCAGAAAUCCCUUCGAAGCAUGUGAGGAACUGGGUGCCCAAGGUUCUUGAUCAGAGGAGACAGGGACUCGAGCUCUAUCUCCAGACUAUAAUGAUGGAAAAUGAGGUUCUUCCAAAGAUAUUCUUGGAUUUCCUCAAUAUCCGCCAUUUCCCGUCACUGCCGAAAACUGAGAGUUGCGGAUCAUUUGAAACUGAAUCAGAGGAAUCAAGAACAAAAUCCUGUAAUAAACACUGCAUAUGCCUAUGUAUUGUUUUACAAAUACAUUUAAUGAAUGUUUCUCUAUUGUUUGCAGAUGCAUUUUCAAAUAUGGUUAUUGAAGGUGUGAUUCGUGGAAUAUUUUACCCAGACUUCCAGCCGAGGUAGAUCUCAGCACUACAGAUGACGUCACAUCAAGUUCACGGAUAAAAAGGGAUCGGUAUUACCAACACUAAAUCACACAGCACCAGUUUAACAGACUCCGUCAUUACAGCCUUAAGAGUGUAGUUUGGCAUCAGCAGUUAUUUGUUUUUGUGUCCUGUAUUUGCAGGAAUUGAGAUUUGAGUUGGUCACAAAGUAAACAUUCAUAUCAAGGUUUUGUUUAAGUACCUCCGCAUGUAUUUGCACAUCUGUCCUCGUGUCAUAUGUGAGAUCAGAAGGAUGUCUGAUCUACUGACUGUGUGUUUCUCCAAGUGAGGUGACUUGUGAAAUAAGGUGUUGGAAAAGCCUUGAACUGAACCUUUUCAUUAUGUUAUUGUAUGAACGUUAUUUUCAUUCUUUGUUUUUGAUGUGGCAAUUAUUGAUUACUAGCCAAAUUAGCAAAAAGGGAAGUACUGAAUGAGUCAAACCAGUGCAAAGCCAGUCUUACGUCAUGUUACAGCCCAAAACUGUGAAAAAGAGCUGUUGUUUAAAGUAAAAAACUUGCAUU